AUGCUCCUUCGGCCCACUUGGCUACGGGCGGCGUUUCUCCUGGGUCGGACGUUGCGUGGCGAGCCUCUGGCGGACCGGUUUCUACUUCGCGCGUGCGCUGUUGUGGCGUUCGGUAGCAACUCGAGUAGCCUCCUCCUCCAUCCCCCCUCUCCCCCCUCAACAUCCUCUCCUCCAUCCCCCAUCUCCCCCCUCAACACCCUCUCCUCCUCCCCCUCUCCCCUCUUAACACCCUCCCCUCCAUCCCCCCUCUUCCCCCUCAACACCCUCCCCUCCUCCAUCUCCCCUUCCCCCCUCGACAUCCUCCCCUCCUCCCCCUCUCCCCCCUCGACAUCCUCCCCUCCUCCCCCUCUCCCCCCUCAACACCCUCCCCUCCUCCAUCUCCCCUUCCCCCCUCAACACCCUCCCCUCCUCCCCCUUUCCCCCCUCAACUCCCUCCCCUCCUCCCCCUCUCCCCCCUCAACACCCUCCCCUCCUCCAUCCCCCCUUCCCCCCUCAACACCCUCUCCUCCUCCAUCUCCCCUUCCCCCCUCAACACCCUCCCCUCCACCCCCCCUCUCCCCCCUCAUCACCCUCCCCUCCUCCCCCUCUCCCCCCACAACACCCUCCCCUCCUCCCCCUCUCCCCCCUCAACACCCUCCCCUCCUCCAUCUCCCCUUCCCCCCUCACCCCCACCCUCCCGCAAUUGAGCUGGAAGAGCGCGCAGGGAAGUCCAUUUUGGAUGAACUGGAUGAGCAGGGGUUUGGGCAGCUCAGCGGCGGUGUGGAGGAGUGGGAAGCGGUGAAGUCCGCCAAGAGAGUGGGUGAAUGGUUGGAGGAGAAGACUAUCAAGAAGGAAGGGGAGGAUGAAAUGGCAGGUGAGUGUUAA